UAUAUCAAUUAAUUUCGUUCAGACUAAUGAUAGAGCCAUUUCGCUAAUUAUUUCGAUGUGAUUUCUAUUUUUUCAAAUUUGUUGGUUAGCAUUAGCAGAUAUUAUAAAGCACUACCCAAAAUUUCCUUUAUCAUUAAAAAAUUGGUUUUACACAAUUAAUUCCAAAUGGUCGAAAUGACUGUUUGUCAUUAGGACAGGCAGCAAGCACUGAUUUUUGCAUUAUCUACAACGGCUCUCGGUCCCAUUAUUUCAACUGACCAGAUACUUAAGAUAAUUCGAUACCCCCUCUCAUAAUUUAAAUGACACAUCUAAUAAUGAUCAAAAAUCACCUGACAAACCUUACUGAAAGUAUAAAAAGAAAAAUAUUACAAGCACUAUCACAUUUCGAGUUCAGUUCUCCAACAAAGUUCUAGUUGAAACAAACAUUUUUUUGACCAUCACUAUUGUUGCUAAUAAAGUUCACUGACGCAGUUAUAAAUAUGUCUUUCGCAAGGAGCAAACGAUUCAACGAAAAUGAAGAAGUUACUCCUGGACCCGGCCAAUACCAGAAUGAAUGGGGUUGUAUUGGCAGAGAUUCUAUUAAAUAUAGAAUUAAUACAACCCCUCGAUUCCCAGAAGAGUGUAGGCGCAGGAUAUGCAUUGGGUGCGCCUGUGCCGAUGUUACGAACAAAACAUUUUCAAAAAAUCAGUUUCUCAUGUACACCCCGCCCAGCUACAAUGUGAGAAAUAUCACAUUUAGAAAAAGGAGGACCAAUGGAUUCGAGUUCAGGAGGGCCCUCCGUGAUUUAAUUCUGUUUAGAAAGAAAAAUGGUCCCAUCAUAUAUCCGAUGAUGUUAUGCAAUCAAUGAUUCUGAAAUCAGAAAAAAAUCAUGGAGGAGAAUAUAGGUACCCUUUCAUUCAUCUCAUAUCCACUGAUAUGCGAUGAAUGAAGAUCAAGAUCAUGGAAUCUUCGUAUUCACCGAUUUCCCUCAGUAGAGGGAAAAGCACCACAGCGAAUCAGGAGGUUAAAAGAAGGAUGUUGAUGGAUAGGAGGACGACAUAUCUUUAUCGAAGAAAACUUUUGGAAUUGUAUGGACAUAUGUGAAACGGGCGCCACCGGAUAUAUGAAUAUAUCGGAUAACAGACUGGA